CAUUACCCAUGAUCCUUUGCUGUAAGGUUACCGGAUGACCCGGAGAUGCAUCCUGUCGCGCAAGUUAGCCAUUUACGCGUAGUAGGAAUUAACUAGGGAGACGCAUACCGUUUCGUUUUUUUAGCCAUACAGUUUUAAAUACCAAAUUAUUUUAUAGUUGGUUUGUCUUGAUUUUAUGGGCAAUGGGUGUUCCGGCAUUUUUUCGCUGGUUGAGUCGGAAAUAUUGUUCCAUUAUUGUGCAUUGUAUGGAAGAAAAGGCAAAGGAGUGCAAUGGAGUUCGCAUACCUGUUGAUACAAGCAAACCCAAUCCAAACGAAGUCGAGUUUGACAACUUGUACUUGGACAUGAAUGGAAUAAUUCACCCCUGCACACAUCCAGAGGACAAGCCCGCGCCCAAAAACGAGGAUGAAAUGAUGGUCGCCAUUUUUGAAUACAUCGAUCGUUUGUUCAACAUCGUCCGCCCUAGAAGAGUGUUAUAUAUGGCUAUUGAUGGAGUUGCCCCACGUGCCAAAAUGAACCAGCAAAGAUCGAGGAGGUUCCGUGCCUCAAAGGAGGGGGUUGAGUUGCAGGAGGAGAAACAGAAGAUCAGGGAAGAGAUCUUCCAGAGAGGUGGAUAUCUCCCAAAUGAAGAAAUUAAAGAGCGUUUUGACAGCAACUGCAUCACUCCAGGCACUGAGUUUAUGGACAACCUCGCGAAGUGCCUCCGCUAUUAUGUCGCCGACAGGCUGAGCAAUGACCCUGGGUGGCGUAACUUGACGGUCGUCUUGUCAGAUGCCAGUGCUCCAGGGGAAGGGGAGCACAAGAUUAUGGAUUAUAUACGGAGACAAAGAGCGCAGCCCAAUCAUGACCCAAACACUCACCACUGUCUCUGUGGUGCCGACGCUGAUCUGAUCAUGCUGGGCCUGGCCACACAUGAGCCCAACUUCACCAUCAUCAGGGAGGAGUUCAAACCCAACAAGCCAAGGCCCUGUGCCCUGUGUGGGCAGAUGGGUCACGAGCUCAAGGACUGUCAGGGAGUGGCUCGUGAGAAGAAGGGGGAGUUCGACCAGUUUGCGGACAGCCCUCCUGUCUCCGAACAGGAGUUCAUCUUCAUCCGGCUCUCCGUCUUGAGAGAGUAUCUGGAGAAGGAGCUGACGAUGGCCAGCCUGCCUUUCCCCUUUAACUUUGAAAGGAGCGUGGAUGACUGGGUUUUCAUGUGUUUCUUUGUCGGAAAUGACUUCCUACCCCACCUGCCAUCCUUGGAAAUCAGGGAGGGGGCCAUUGACCGACUAGUGGGCAUCUACAAAGAUGUUGUGCACAGGACAGGGGGGUACCUCACAGAGAACGGCUUCGUCAACCUGGAGCGGGUUGAGAUGAUCAUGCAGGCAGUUGGUGUGGCAGAGGACAACAUCUUUAAGAAGCGCAAGGAGGAUGACGAAGCGUUUAAGAGGAGAAUGAAGGAAAAGAAAAAGAGGUUAAAAGCGGAGCAGGCCCCUGCCUUCCUGCCCACAGGGCAGUUCGCCCCUGAGGCCCUGGGCAGGAGAGGAGCCCCGCAGCCCAUCCAUAAUGCCAGGCAUACCGCCUUUGAGAUGAGGAUGCAGGGGCAAGACCAGCGCAACAAGGAUGCUGCCCAGUCCUUGAAAGCCCUGAUGAGGAACGGCAAUCAGGCUCUCGCUGGCUCCAGUGUUGGCAUGGACCCCAGGGGUCAGAAGAGAAAGGCGGAAGACAGUGACAGCGAGCCUGAGCCAGAGGACAACGUCAGAUUGUGGGAAGAUGGCUGGAAGCAGCGCUACUACAAAACCAAGUUUGAUGUGGAUGUCGGCGACGAUGCCUUCCGACGCAAGGUGGUCAAGUCCUACGUGGAGGGCCUCUGCUGGGUCCUCAGGUACUACUAUCAGGGUUGUGCCUCCUGGAAGUGGUACUUUCCGUUUCAUUAUGCCCCAUUUGCAUCCGAUUUCAAAGACCUCAAGGACAUGUUUACUGAUUUUGAGACUGGUACCCAGCCGUUCAAGCCAUUGGAGCAGCUGAUGAGUGUGUUUCCAGCUGCCAGUGGGAACUUCCUCCCCCAAACAUGGCGCGCCCUCAUGACUGACCCGGACUCUUCCAUCAUUGACUUUUACCCAGAGGACUUUGCGAUUGACCUAAAUGGGAAAAAGUACGCUUGGCAGGGUGUGGCCCUCCUGCCAUUUGUCGACGAGCGACGCUUGAGAGCGGCGCUGGAGGAAGUUUACCCAGACCUCACCCCUGAAGAGCGAAAGAGGAACAGCCUUGGAAGUGAUGUGAUGUUCGUAGGACGCUCCCACCCCCUCUGCGACUUCUUAAUCGAGCUCUACCGUGCAGAAUCAAAAGAGGGCUCUGAGAUUCCUCCUGAACUCUGCCAUGGAGUCCAAGGUACAUUAAACCUUGAUGAAGAGCCUAUACUACCAGAUAAACCAGUGGUAUCUCCUGUUCCUGUCCUGCGAGAUAUUAUGCAGAAUAGUGCGAUUGGGAUAAAAUUCAAAGAUCCACAGUAUAAUGAGGGCUAUGUGUUCAAGGCUGUGAUCCUUCCAGGAGCCAAAAUUCCUUCAAAAGUGCUUAAACCUGGGGACUGGGAAAACUCCAACAGGGGUCCUUGGAAACCCCAGCUGGGGUUCAAUCCAAACCGACAGCAGGCCCAUCUUGACCGGUCAGCCUUCCGUGCAUUGAGUCACAGCAUCAGCAGGCAGCAGCACAGAGAUGGCCCGUACAGCAACGCCCCACCCCCUGGCAGCUAUCACCAGGGUCAGCACCGCCCCCGACCCCAUGGUGGCCACAUUCCAUCCUACCCCAUAGACUCCAGGCAGUAUGAUGCCUAUCGAGGUCCACAUGCAUCCUACAACCCUCCCCAGCCGUAUGCACGUUUGCAGUACAGCAACCCGGGCUGGAAUCGGGCAGUGCAAGGCCAGGCAGCCGCCUACCAGCAGAACCAGCAGCGUGCCCACAUAGCACAGCCCACCUACCAGCAGCCACAACAGCGCCCCCAUCAGCAGCCACAGCGCCAUGAAGGGCAGAUGGGUGGCCAAGGGCCCCCACAGGGAUACCUUUCUGGAAGGCAUUAUCCUUUGCCCCCGCCUUCAGGACGCUACAACUGGAACUAGUGGAACAUCGUUUGAAACGAUAGUCGUCGUGAUCUUUUUCUACUUUUUUUUUUUUUUUUUAAGUUAAACUUGUCAGGUAUUUUGUCCUUUUAAUUGUACUAAGAAGCAUUCUUACGAUAAAAUUUUAAGUAGUACACCUAUAAACCUGUCAAAUACAGAUAAGUUUGGAAAAGUUCAUGUGCUGGUCUGUGAAUUGAUGGGAGGGAAUGUGAGGAUUUCUCUUAUACUGGUGUUGCUUCAAACGCAGGAGCUGACGUAACUCAGCAAGGCUACAAAGAACGUGUUUUCCUUUUUCUUCCUUGUUAUUCAUGAAAUGUUAUUCAUGGUAUAUUAAAUUGCUUAGAUGCAUCCUUUUGGGAAAAUGAGUAACACCACCUCCCCAAGCCUAAUUGUACAAAAAAUUCCUGAGUCAUCAAAACAGAAGACUGACACUAUAAAUGGCCCAAUUUCUUAGUUUAUCUAACAAUUUUUGCUUCAACUACAAUUUUGUGUUGAAACUGUCAGUUCUGUUUGGUAGGAUGCAGAAAUGUUUCUCCCUUAAAUAACGACAUAAACCACAAUAUAUAGAAUUGCAUCGCUGUUUUCUCACCUUUACGUUUAUCGACAGGCGUGAACGACCAAGGAAUCGAAACUCAGAUUUACAAAAGUUACCAAAUUUAAAAUUAUAUACCCAGUAUAACUCAUUUCAAAGUAACUGGUGGAUGGAAUUAAUACUUGUAUUUGGCCUAUGCAUUUAGAUUUUAACCGAAGUGAAAUCGUUAGUCAAUUGUUCACUUUACGUUUGCUCGCGCCAUUAAAUAUUAAUGUUAGUUACUUAGUUUCGUAGUGGAAGCGAUUAUUUUCUCUUAAAUGAACCAACACGAAUCGUAUAAUAAUCGGUGCGAAUUUAUUUCACAACCAAAACAAGGUUUUAUUUUAAUUAGGUUGGGGUGGGGACAGUCGUGCACUUUAAGUCUUUAAUGUGGUUGAUAUUUAAAAUCAUUUACUAAAUCAAAUACGUUCAAGUACCAUUGAAGCAAAUGCUACAAAAACGGACUUCACCGUGAAACUGAAAAAAUGAAGCGCUUACAAAAGACAAAUAAGCUGUUAGUUGUUUAAAGAAUGCGAUCAUUUUUUUUAAACAAAUCAACAUCAAAAGGAACUUAAUAGGCAAUUUUAAACCUACCUGCGUUUAAAUUUCACAGAAUGAUUUUGCCCUGUAUUUCAUUUACAUAUUAAGAUACCUUUAUGGAGUCUGUAAAUAAUUAAAAUGGUUCCCGCUCAUUCAGCAUGUUUAAUGUAUUUCGAUAUCAAGUUUAACCACGUCACUGAAUACGCAUUAAGGCCUGCGAUUUGAAACCAGCUGAAUGUUUAAAAUUGCACGGAUUACAAAUAAUUUGAACACAACAGUAAUAAAAUUAAUUUCACGAAAGAAUAUUUCAAAAUAGGCUACAGAUAACGUAUCGACUAUUUAGUAAAUUGUUCGAUUCACAGUAUCACUUUUUUAGGCUGUAGCACAGAUAUUUCUAACGCCCAACUCUUUUUAGGAAUCGUUGUUUUGCCUGACCUUCAGAUUUACAAUAGCCGAGCUCUUUUUGUUUGUCAUAAAUUGAUUAAUCUUGACAUCAAUGUAGAGCUGGACUCUGAAUUUCAUUUCCUUUUGUGUUAAGUCUGAGUACAAACUAACAAUAUAAAGUUAACUAUUCGGUAAUUGAAUAUUUAAUGUCCAGCUUAUUCUUGCUGUACAGCAAUCGUAAUGUAAUUUUGGAACACAUUUCAGACUUCCUCAGGUCCAGAUAUCGCACAAUGAUUGUGAAAUACCUGAUAUACAAUACUGAGAAGUAGUGUUAGUCCGAUAUUUAAAAAUGAUCACCCUUCGUUAUAAAAAGAAAAUUUCCCCUUUACGUCCACCAAUUUAUAAAACAUAUCAAAGCUCCAAAAAAUUAAAUUGGCAACUAUCAAUCCCCGCGUAUAAAUCGUUGCCUUAAAAAGAAAACAAAAACCGGUGGAUAAAACACGGAAAUGGCUUCAGUUAUUGUUCAUGUGAGAUCCAUUUCUCGCUGUUUACUUCACUUUUGAACGCACACCGUCCAUUCAAUGUAUCUCCUUGAGUACAAAAAUACAAAAACAAAAAAUGAGUAUCCGCACUACCAAGUUCUCCCAUAAAGGAGGUUUGAACUGACCAUGUUAUUCGCGUAAUCUAUUACAGAUGCGUCUAUUUGAGACAUAUUGCUCAUCUGGCUGUGUAGCGACCGGGGGCUGGGUGACAUGUCCUCGAGGUCUUGGGCCUGGGUUAGAGGGUUCAUGUGUUGUCCAUGCUGGUGAUUCAUCGAAUUAUCGGGAGCAGGAAUGACUCCGCCGGUGGUAUUUUGCUGCUGAUGUUGCCCCCCUGUCGCCGCGCCGGACCCGUUUUGACAUGGUUUGCCGUCUUUCACGAGCACCGGAACGGCCACCCGUCUCGGGGACUGCUGCUGCGGGCAGGUUCCGUUUUCUUGUUGCAGCUGCUGGGAGGCUUUGUCCUUGGCCUGUCGUUUCAAUUUAUAUCUGUGGUUCUGAAACCAAAUCUUGACCUGAGUUGGGGUAAGGUGGAUCAUGGUCGCCAGAUGCUCCCUCUCGGGCGCCGAGAGGUAUUUCUGCUGCUUAAAUCUCCUUUCCAGUUCGUACACCUGGGCCUGGGAAAAGAGGACUCGUCGCUUUCUCCUGGGAGCCGCAUGCAAUGUAACCAUAGAUUUGCUAGCUUCCAUUCCUGUCAAGGUCCCCAUUCCGGUCAUGUUGAUACCUGUGGAAGGUCCCAUGAAUCUAGAAACUUAAAAAUAUACAUACACACGCGUGCAUUCAAUCAACAAUUGUUUCAUGUUCUAUUUCAGCCCGUUUAGCAUUAUAAAGGGGGAAAGCAUUCCGCUAUUUUUAUGCGUUCCGAAAUGUGAAUCUUAACAGCACAAUUAUAAAAUGUUACUUUAUUUUACACUGGACAGUUUGUUUGUUCAUUUAACUCGUAUUGCUUCUAUAGAUACACACAUUUUUUACAUUAAUUACCAUCAUACGUGCAUAGAUUAUAGAAAUAUGAAAUGGAGUCAUAUCUUACUUGUUGAAUAUCUUGGGUCGGUGUUUGCGUUGUACCAGCCCGCAGCGGCUGUGGCGCCGUUUCUCAUAGUAUCUUGAUAUGAUGGGAGAUCUCCCAUAUUCCCAAUCGCACCAUUGCAAUAUCCUCCCAUGGCACCGUGAGAGAAUUGGGAGACUCCGUGUGGCAUGUGGUAUGUAGUGGCCACGGCGGCGCUGUGGCCCAUAGAGUGCUGUUGUAUACCGGGCUGAGUGACCUGAGGUUGUCGAUAAGGUCCAAGUGGAGAAGCGAGGUUUCCUGCGCAGUCCAUGCCACCGAACUUCUUGUAAGUCUCCUCGAUGGGGCUCAAAAUGUCUGUCACUGAAAAAGGCGUUGUGUGUUUUGGGCUCAAUGACAUGGUUUAGCCCUCAGGUAAAUCUGUGGAGCGCAGUUCAGCCUGUGCUGUUGUACCAGCCUCUUGGUCCACCCGAGAUUCGAUUGAUUGCCUUGGAGAAGGAGGCGAGCCCUGGGUCCUCUUAUCUCGGGUUUAUAGUAGCCAGUGGCCAGGUUUACGACAAAUACUGGGCGGAGCAAAACCUUAAGUGCAACGCUGCUCGCUUGAAAUUUUACCAAGAUGAUUAGUGUAAAUUUUGUUGCUUUCAUAUUAAGGAAGAUAAUUCUUCCACCAAAAAUAUUAUAUUCGACAAAAACACAAACAUACAAUAAUGACAUGAACACAUUAAUGAAUCUUCUGUGAUUAUUUUGGAUAAUAGUUCGUCAUAUACACUGGUUGUUGGUUUAAAAUAUCUUUUAAUAUUUAUUUAGCUUUAUCCAGCUCUUUAAAAUUCCCAGUAUAUUAUCACAGAUACUCUUAAAUCUCCCUCUUGUUCAACAUCCAAAUUUAUGCUCCUCGAGUGUUCUUUUGUACUAAAAGGGAGACACUUUCAAAUAAGUGAAAAGGGUUAGGAUACCUGCGGGGAAAGAAAGAAACUUUAUGAGAGCAGAGAUCGGGGCCGGGCUGGGCAAUUACUUCGAAAACGAGCAAUUCACAUACAAUUCCUCUGAUUUUGAUGGUCAUUGUUAUUAUCAAUAUUAUUAUUUCAUUAUUUAUUAUAAACUUCAUUUGAAGUUAGUUUACCUAUAUCAGUAAGUGUCACGUAAUAUGUAUAUAUAUAAUAUUACUGUGCAUUUUGUAAGACUAACUCAAUUUGGAAAUGCAUCGAAUAAAGCUUUUGCUUUAAAACGUUAUAUUUCUGUGCGGUGAUUUUGGCCUAUAGCAUGAAUUUAAUAUACAAGGUAUAGUUCCAUGGACAGUUCUCCGUCCAUGGACUAUUGUUCUAAAUGUACAUGCUCUGUCUUUCCGUCCAUUAGGCCUAUUAUAAAUAGCAAUCCUCUCCAACCCUUGUAUUAUCAAUUUUUUUAAUAUGCAAAUAGCGAGACCUCUCGUACCCAAAGACCUUUAAGUCACAGAGCAUGCCUGUGGAAUCCAGGACACCACGUUCGCAAAGUAAGGUUUGCGUAUUGUGGUCCAAAUCACCCGAACAGUGUUACUGUCUUAACUGGCAAGAUAAAUGCUUUGUAUACGCGUUUAGGAGUCGUUUUAUUACAUGCAAACCGGAAUACCUGAACCGGCCCGUUCUACAAACAAGCUACUGGGAAAUAAUGAGCAUGCCAUUAUAGAAAUGGGUUCCAUUGAAGGUCAGUACAGAUUCCAAGACAUUGUCUUAAAUGUUACGGCUUAAUUAUCGACAGGACUCUUUGUAAUUCAGUGUUCAUAUUCUGAACAUAUCAGCGAUUCUAAAUUAGUUUAAGUGGUGAACCUCAGUCACUCACUCAUUUGAUCCUCAUUUUUUGUGCAAGAUAUCUAAAAUACAAGAAUUUCCUAAGCAUAUGCAUGUAUUAUGACGUCAGAAUGUAUGCGAAAUACUUACAGGAGUAUCAAUGUACGAUGUUCUAGUUCAGUAUGGCCUUUUUUUACAUCUGUGGGAGAACUGUAGCACUUCAUAACUAAAUUCCUUUCCAAUUUUAAUUAUACUUUAUAAAUAAAUUUGCUGUACUUUAUUUUAAGCGUGUUACUGUUAAAGUAAUUAAUUUCGAUAUGUAAAUCAUAAAAGUAUUGGAAAAAUGGCCAAGCCUUGCUGUUCGUAUACGUGUUGUCUUUAGUUUCUCACGUUGAACGACAAAUGUAAUUGUCUGUACAAGUGAACCUUCGUUACCAAAGAUGCAUGAACAAAGGUCGUGGAGUGUAAAAUUAAUUGCCGUUUACAAUAAUCGAUAAAACAAGUACCUCAUUAUGAAGUUAAUGUGUUGUCUGCAAUAAGAAUAAAAUGGUAAUGUCAAAUAAUGGUUAUUUAUUGUACAAUUUAAGUAUUUUGUGGCAUCACAACAGAGGUUACCAAACUCUGGUGCAGUUUAUGGAAACUCUAACACCGAAAAUAUCCUUGCAAAUGCAUUAUACACAUAUUCGGCAUUUAUUUACUUUACACAAUACAUUUAAAACACUUGUAAAUAAAAUUAAACCGUAACUUUA